ACGAAAAAAAAAAAAAAAACAAAGAGAGAGAGAGAGUGUGAGACAGUGAAUACAGAUAAGAUAACUGUGUGUGUGUUUGUUUGUGUGUGUGUGUGUGUGUGUGUGUGUGAAGCUAUACUCAUUACUACGUUGUAUCUGUUACGUGAUAUUGAGCCACAGCAAUGAGGGUGACAACACUGGUGGCGGUGGUGGCGCUGGUGGUGGAGGCCAGGGCUGCUGUGGUGUCCGUGCCGCAGCUUACCGGCAACGCAGUGAAGACCGAGGACUUUCAACCACAGCAGAUCCACAUAGCUGUUGGUGAGACGAACAGUGAAAUGGUAGUGACAUGGGUGACUCCUGAUGCAGCAAAUUCAUCGACUGUCAACUAUGGGGGUGGCGGCAGUCCCCUGAAGACAGCAGAGGGCAGUGCGACCCGCUUUACUGACGGUGGCUCGGAGAAAAGGUCGUUUUGGGUGCACCGGGUCACUCUGCCAGAUCUUUUGCCUGAUACCCGAUACUUCUACCACUGUGGGAGCUCAGAUGGUUGGUCGGAAAUCUUCUCAUUCAAGACUUGGAAAAAUGGAACAGAUUGGCCCGUGUCCGUGGCCAUGUACGGCGACAUGGGGGCCGUCAACGCACAGUCGCUGGCCAGGCUGCAGGUGGAGACGCAGGCCGGGAAGUACCAUGCGGUGAUUCAUGUCGGAGAUUUUGCCUAUGACAUGGAUUCUGACAACGCAAGGGUCGGGGACGAGUUCAUGAGGGAGAUUCAACCCAUUGCUGCCUACGUGCCUUACAUGACAUGCCCGGGCAACCACGAACACAUGUAUAACUUCAGUAACUACCGUGGGCGCUUCAGCAUGCCACGAUACAGGGACACAGAGAGCCUCUUCUUCAGCUGGAACAUGGGGCCAGUGCACUUUAUUGCCGUUAACACCGAGGCUUAUUACUUCCUGCAGUACGGACUUAAGCCCCUCGCCAGGCAGUAUGAUUGGCUUAUUGAGGAUCUUAAGGAGGCCACCAAACCUGAAGUGCGUGCGGAGAGGCCCUGGAUAAUUCUGUUUGGUCACCGUCCCAUGUAUUGCUCCAACAAUGAUCACGAUGAUUGCACCAGGAAGAACUGCCUCACACGUGUUGGGAUGCCUCUCAUUCAUUUAUACCCCAUGGAGACCUUGCUGGACCAGUAUGGGGUGGACCUGGCUAUUUGGGCCCAUGAGCAUUCCUAUGAGAGACUGUGGCCCAUGUACGACUAUACUGUGCUCAAUGGCUCCACUGAAUACCCCUACACUAACCCACGCGGUCCGGUUCACUUCACAACUGGUUCGGCUGGCUGCUCAGAAAUCCACGACCACUUUAUGCCAGAGCAGCCGUAUUGGUCAGCCGUUCGGUCCAUCGACUACGGCUACACACGCCUCACUGCCUUCAACAAGACUCAUGUGUAUUGGGAGCAGGUGUCAGAUGAUAAGGACGGCGAAGUGAUUGAUAGCGUGUGGCUGAUACGAGACAGGCACGUGGCUUACAGUGAGCUAAGACAGGACAAGUAAAGAAAACUGCCCUGUUACUGUCUCUUUCUGUCUCUUUCUCUCUAUUCCCUACACUAUCAUCUGUACACAUUAGCCUGUCUUCUGUUUCCUUCUGUCUGUCUCUUUCAAUGAGCUUAGACAGGACAAGUAGGGAAAACUGCCCUCUUAACUGUCUCUUUCUGUCUCUCUCUGCCUUUCUAAUAUCACUACACUCUACCAUCUGUUAACAUUAGCCUAUUUAUCUCUGUCUCUUUCAGUAAGCUUAGACAGGACAAGUAGAGAAGGAUGUCCCUUUAACUCUCUCUGUCCCUUUCUCUCUCUGUCUCUUUCAGUAAGCUUAGACAGGACAAGUAGAGAAAGAUGUUAGUUCUCUUUCUCUGUCUCUUUCUCUCUCUGUCUCUCUAACAUUCUUAUACUUCAAUAGCUGCAUAUCUUAUCUUGUCUCUGUCUUUCUCUGUCAGAUAUUUACCAGCACCUGUAUACUCUACCUCAGCACAGUAUGUAGCUCUGUAUCCCAGCAUUGGUGUAGAAAUUCACUGAAAAUGCUUGAUGUGAUGAAGGAAUGAUGAAGUGAGUUGGUGCAAGUUAGUUAAAAGGACCAUAUUUUGAAAUACUUCUGCAUUGCACUUUCACUACAUUCCAAAGGCUCUAGGAACCCAUUUGACCCUUUGUUACAUCCCCUGUACCACUUAGCCAUCUACUUGCCUCUCAUCUCUACACUCAGGAAGGGAGAACUACUGUAGCUUUAAGGCAGUUAGAUGGUGCUUCUUGUCCUAUCCUGAUUACUGACCCUGAGAAUUUUGAUUACGUCAUCCUUGUUACGUCCCCUGUACCACUCAAAGAUAUCUACUUGCUACUUGCCUCUCUUCACCUCCUCAUUCAGUAAGGGGGAAUUACUGUAGGUUUAAGGCAGUCAGAUGAUACUCUGUGUUGUGUGAGAAUCUCUGCAUUGGAGACCACUUAGGCCAGGGCAACGACACCUCCUCUGUGGUUUGUCCAAGUGGCGUCCAAUGCAGGGAGUCUCUUAGCGUGGUUCUUUCAAAGGUUUGGUUUGGGAUGAUGGUAUUAUUGUUGUCUUUCAUUGGGUUAUAUGAGAUGUAUUACUUGCUGAUUGGUAUGGCUCAGCUGGUUUGAUGAGCCAUUCAAGUUUGAAGUGUUAUUUGUGAAAGGCACCGAUGACGUCAGAGGAACGAAAUGAGGCGCUUGUUUGUCAAUACUCAAGACUGCUGUGGCCUCUCAAGUUUAGCAGAAUGUUGUGGUGCAAAUUGUUGUUUUUGUAAGGCAUCAGAUAGUUAAAAAGCUUUAGUUCCUGUGGUUUUAUCCUGCUUAAGCUUAAUGAAGUGUGGUGUAAGUUGAAGUAUAAUCUCAAAAGACACCACUGAGAGCAAUAAGACUGAUCAAGUGGUUCAAAUCCUAGUGCCUGUAGCAUAAUUACCUCAUUACACCCACCAAGUCACACGAGUCAUUGCCAGUCAAAGGGUUGCACUGUAUUAAGUUUGGCUUGAAGUAUCUGGAUGGAUCAGCUGAACUUAAGGGAAGCUGCAGGAAGCUGUGAGUUCUACACGUGGCAGUCCCUGUGUGAAACAUGCCUACUUACAUCCAUUUAUCAUCCCCAUCCAUAAUUUUGUCUAAUCUUUUAAAGCUCCCUAAUGACUCAGCACUAACAACCUGAUUACCAAGUCCGUUCCAUUCAUCUACCACGCUAUUUGAGAAUUAACUUUUCCCACUCUCUUCAACCUGUCGCUGUAUUGUCCCUACUGUGGUGUUUUUUGUGAGAAGUUUGGUGUUGAUCCAUCCAGUGAGCUGAGCCAAGUGUGUUGUGUCAGUGCAUUCUGACCCUCACAUGGCAAAGCACUGUAGCUUAUAUGAGAGAUUAUUAGUUUUCCUUGUCACUGUCCACAUUGGAGUAUUGGUUCAGUGACUACCUGUGAUCAUUUCAUGCCGAGGCUGUUAUUUAUUAGUGCAGCACCAAUUAAAAAACGUAUUUGGUAUUUAUGUGCACAUAUAUAUCCCAUUUGUACUUAAUGUUGGUAAUAAGAUGUAAAGUAUUAUUAUAAUCAAUAUUGGAGCAUAGUUGCACUUCAUUGUAAAACUAUAUUUGAUAUGUAUACUAGUUCAGUAUUAGAUUUACUUAUUGCAAAUAAACCAGUAGCAAUGAAAUACUUAUUAUUCUGCUUAUAAGGUGUAUAGCAAUGUACUGGGUUGUUAUGUAAUCAGUAUAUAGAACAGUAUAUUACUAACACCUCAAA